UGGUCAGGAGAUCCGCAACCAUCAGUGUCUCUCAAAAUAAGACCUAACAGAACUCAACACUUUACAUCAACGUCUCUCUCACUAAGCUGUGAGGAGAAGAGGAACUCUACUGGAUGGAGACUGAAGAGAUACAGAGAGAAAGCAGUGGAGUCAGAGUGUGUCUCUAACUGGGGAUCAAGAGCAGGGUCCACAUGUACCAUCAGGUCCACACGUAAAAAGGACAGUGGAGUGUACUGGUGUGAGUCUGGAUCAGGAGAGUACAGUAAUGCUGUCAACAUCACAGUGGAUGUUGGCACUCUGAUCCUGGAGAGCCCUCUACCAAUAACUGAGGGAGACUCUGUGACUCUGAGCUGUACAAAUAGAUAUCAGGAAACAAACCCGAACCCCAAGGUUGAUUUCUACAAAGAUGGAGUACUCAUCAGGAAUGAGACCACAUUAGAGAUGACCAUCCUUGCAGUUUCCAAGUCAGAUGAAGGCUUCUAUAAGUGUAAAUCUAAUGAAGGAGAAUCACCAGAGAGCUGGGUGACAGUGAGAGACGUAACUCUUGGACCCUCUACAUCAGUCCUAGUAGGAGUGGUUGUGGGCCUGGUUGUUGCUGGUGUUCUACUGGCCAUUCUCCUGGUACUGCUGUAUCGAUAUAAAAAAGCCGGAGGUUCCUGUUGCAACAGAAUAUUCUGGCCCCCCCAGCCCCAGAGGACCAACCUGGACCCCCAACAGGACCAAGGAUCUAYCCAGGGCCAGGCUCCUGAUGCUGGGUAUACACGUCUGAAGCAUGGUGCUGCUAACAUCUAUGAUACAAUCACGCCCUCAGACAGUAAUGACAAUGGUACUGGAGGGAGGGAUGGAUGGAUGGACGGAGGCAGGGACACCAUCAAAGGAGGAGCAGAUGGAAUCCUUUAACAUGGAUUAUGCAUGUUCAAUGCACGCAAACACACACCCAGCCAUGCAUACACACUAAAACUCAAUAAAAUCUUGUACAUUAAGGAUUUUUUAAAUUGAUUUAUUUACCAACAAAUAUAUUUAUUUAAGGUUUAAUAGUGUAUUACUGU